AUGGAGGUCAGAAAGCCACAGGGCUUCAACAGACCCACCUUACCUAGCUUCUCCGUGGGCAAGCAGUUUCUUCUCUUCCCCUUCGGCAUCGUCCUCGACCCGGAUCUGAAAGUACGGUUCGCCGGGGAGCGCAUCCUGCACCUACUGGGGAAGGAGCUGCUGGGGUCAGAGUUUGUGGAGUACUUCAGUAUUCAGCGACCUCACGUGACCCUAUCCUGGGAUUCGAUCACGAAGCUCCAGAACGUGACGUGGGAGGUAGUGUCCAAGAAGUUGCCCCUACGUGACACCCACCCAGGUAACGUGGGGACGGGAAGCACGCCAGGUAGUGCAGGUGCGGGAACCAAGGCAACAAGCCUCGUCAGUGUCAGAGACAAUCCCAUUAGGCGAGGGUCCAGCCAGGCGCCGUGGGCCUCCCAAGAGUCGUCCCUACAGAGCAUCCGAGGCUUACUGCUGAAGGGACAGAUGUACAUCAUAAAGGACUCCAACGUCGCCCUCUUCCUGUGUAUGCCGCUGUGAGUACUACCCCUUUCCUGUGUCUAGGAG